AGCGGGAAGUAACUCCAUAUAAAUUUUUUUUACCAUGUGGAAAAUGACAGAUGCAUCACAAAAGAUAUGACCUGUGGAUGAUAUCAGCGUAAAAAUGGACCCACAAGUCUCGGCUCUAGCUGCCGAACUUUCUAAUGCAAUAGAAACUAUUUUGAAUCCAUCAAGUUCGCAAAAUGACAGACAAAACGCCCACAAGAUUUGUGAAGAAUUUAAGGAAUCAUCUCCAUUCUGUGUUCCAGUGGGUCUUGUGUUAGCUGAGAAGUCUUACAAACCUGUAAUCCGCCAUUUUGGUUUACAACUGCUUGAACAUGCCAUCAAAUUUAGGUGGAUUGAUAUGAAAACUGAAGAAAAAGAAUAUCUGAAGACAAAUGCAUUACAGUUUAUGGCAAAUGGCACUCUGGGGAUCCUUGAGGAGGAAUUCCACAUUAAAGAUGCUGUGGCCCGAAUCACUGUAGAACUUGCCAAGAGGGAGUGGCCCCAGCUGUGGCCUACUCUACAGGAGGAUCUCUACAAACUGUGUCAAAUGGGGGAGACCCAGACCGAGCUGGUUUUGAAGGUGUACCUCCGACUGGUGGAGGAUGCCGUCCUGUUACAGACCAUCCCUCAACAGAGGAGGAGGGAAAUCAUGCUGGGGCUCACAGCCAACAUGAAGGACUUGUUUGAGAUGUUUGUCCAGUUCCUGAGAAUUCAUACUGACCUCGCUGCUAAAAGUUCUGACCCUCAGGAGAGUAAGGCCCACCUCAGGGUCAGUGAGGCGGUGCUGUACACUCUAGCCGGCUAUCUAGACUGGAUCAGUAUGAGCCUCAUAUUCACCAACAACAGUGUCCUGUUACAGAUGUUGUGUCUGUUGCUAGGCAACAGUAGUCUGCAACUCCUGGCAGCAGAGUGUCUUCUCACGAUUGUAGGGAGAAAGGGAAAGGUUGAGGAAAGGAAGCCAUUACUAGUACUGUUCAGUGAUGAAGCAAUGAAAAUAAUUCUCAGCACUGCUGCGGCAGCAGAGAAGAGUUCCGCUCAUGACGAGUAUUACUAUCUGUUCCUGAAGAAGCUCUGUUUAGUUCUUAUUGAUCUCGGAAAACAAGUCUGUGCAUUGUGGGGUGUUGUGCCAGACUGUGAACAGCCCCCUAAUUUUGCCAUGUACCUAGAAGCCUUAAUGGCUUUUACUCAACACCCAAGUCAGAUACUAAGUAGCUAUACCCAGUCGGUAUGGUUAGCCUUUAUGAAGCAUGAAUUCAUCAGUAAAGAUGCUGUUCUGCUCUCAUUUAUACCCAAGUUAUUUGAAACAUCAUCCAAGAUGCUACUGAAGGUGGGUUUUCCGUUAAAGAAUAACUCGCCAAGCUGUGAUUACUCUCGUCAGGAUUUUGACAGUGAUGAAGAUUUUUCAGCUUUUUUCUCACGAUACCGAUCAGAGGUUGCAGACACUGUUCGCCAGGCAGUCCUGUUACAACCAGAGCUGGCAUUCAAUUUUGCCAAACAGUGGCUAGAAACCACCAUGUGUAAACCUAUAGAAACAGGAGCUGAUGCUGGUGAACUGUGUAACUUGUCUUCCCCUUCUUUCCUGGAAUGGGAUGCCAUGACACUGUUUAUAGAGAGUGUGAUGUCCCGUAUAGGGCUGACUGACUUUACCCCUGAUCCUGAGGUUGGAGUGGCUCUACUUAAAAGUGCUUUAGCCUAUCAGUCACAGGAUCCCCUGAUUUUGUCCAGUUUGCUGUCCUGUUUAUCAGCUUUGGUGAUUUUCCUGAAAUACUCCACAGAAACUAUCCCGGCCAUGCUGGAGAAGAUAUUUUCCGGAGUAACGUUUGCUUUCCCUGGACAAACUAAGAGUAACAGAAGUCGCUCUGUGAAGAACGUCAGGCAACAUGCCUGUUCUAUGCUGGUGACCAUCUGUAAAACUCAAACUGAUCUCAUUUUUCCUGUGUUUGAUGAACUGUACCGAUACAUACAGAACAUCUCGAGAGAUACAGAACAGCUGUCUCAGAUGGAGAAAUGUAUACUCACAGAGGCCCUUAUUCUUGUGUGCAAUAGAUUUAAUAACUAUGAGAAGCAGUCCACAUUUCUUGAAGAAAUCCUACAACCAGCUAAGGAACUGUGGCUGUCAGAACAGUUUAAGUCGGCCUUUAGUGGGGCAGACAAGUGGAUGUCGUACAUUGGUUUAGAUCAAGCCCCUGUAGAACCAAGCUCUGAGGACACGUGUGGAAUCAACAGAUCACAUAUAACUUACUGUAUAACCAUGCUGAUGGCAGUGUUAAAAAGGAGCAAAUGGCCAGAGGAGAUCCAGGUUGCAGAAAAUGGGGGAUUUGUACUUUUGAAAAAAGAGGAUGGUUCUCCGAUAUUAAAGAAUCCAGCAACUGUCCAUGUCUCUAGAAUGCUAGAGAACCUCCUGUUAUUUAUGAAGAGUAUGAAUGGCAGCUGGCAUCCAGAAAUGUUACAGAGACGACAUCCAGAGUUUGAAAAGUCCUUCGAUCUGGUGGAGAAUGAAAAAUAUGCAAUUUUAGGAAUCCCUAUGCCAAGUGUGGACAAUACCAGUUCUCCAGUGUGUAAGAACCCUGUCACAAGAAUGCAGAACUUCCUUACAACAAUGCAUGAUUACAGCUGCCACAUCCUGGGUAAUGCUGGCCAGUGCCUGGGAUAUGAAUUCUAUGCCAUUCCGUAUCUUCCCCAGUCUCUUCUAUCAACUGUGUUCACAAACCUGGACUAUCUGCCAGACUACAGAACCAAACCAUUCAUCAAUAUCCUUUUCAUAUUGAAGCCCUACAUUAUCAACUGUCCUAAGGACCUGUAUAAUGUAGCUGUGAUACCAUUGUUAGAAUUUGUUUGUCCUUAUUUUUAUCAAAAAUUGAAUUCACAAUGGCAGCAAAUUAACCAAAGAAUAAGUGAAGAUGGUUGUGAGGACAAUAUGGAGUCCCAGGAAAUUUUGGAAGACCAGCUGACUCGGCAGGUGACUAGGGAAUACAUUGACUUAUUAGGAAUAAUAUUUCACAAGUUAAAACAAGAACCUUUGUCUGAUGAUGCUAAGAUGGAUGAUGCUGAAAACAUUCCCACAUCACAUAAAGAAGAACCGAUGACAGACCUUGGACAAAUGUGUAUGAAGACUGAGAGUAUAUACCCCUCUGUGAUGAUGUGUGUGUUUGGGGCACUGUCUUGGAGGGACACCAUAGCCUGCAAUAAAUCAGUCCCUCUCUGUUGGUCCACAACCAGACAAUUGUUCAGUAACGGCAAUAUGACGCUGGACAUUGCCACUAAUUUUCUGUGUAGUGUUAUCUAUGGACUACAGAUGCACGGCCAACACGAGGGUUCUCAGGCUCUCUUACUAGGACUGGUCAUGCAGAUGUAUGAACUCUUGAGACCAUCCUUUCCAGAUUUAGGCAAUGUUUUACUGCAAGUUCCAAGUUGUAAUCCUUCAGCUCUGAAGGAUCUUGAUGGUAAAAUCCUCCAGAUGGCAGCACAGAAGCAAAUUCCAGUAAUGAAUGACAAAAAGAAACGAGACACAUUUAAGAAGUUACUCUCUGGUGUGAUAGGGAAAAGUGUUGGUGAAGAGUUUAAACGGGAGUCCCAAUACAAAGACUUACCUCCAAUAUUUAGAAUCAAACCUCCCAAGUCCACAGGGGUCCUAGAGAAGAAGGAUGAGUCCAGUGGGUUAUGUGAACUCUUUAAUCCAUCGGAUGAUUAAAUGAGAGCAGUUGUGGGACAAACAUUGUUUGAGUGCCUGUAUUCAACAAAAGAUUGAUGGAGAGGAGUCUUGAUUUUAGGAAUAGGCAAUUUAAGAGGGUGUGACAGUUUAAGGAUAUCACUAAAUUAUAAAAAGUUAGGUGGAAAUCAGUUUCUUAGCUUGUGCAUUAACUCCCCCAAAAAGAAUUCAAAACUGUCAAAAAUAUGGAUCAUACAGAUAUUACCAGUGAAAUGGUUGGGAUGAAAUCUUUUUAUUAGUGCUUUGAUUUAAAAAAAAUCUUAGGUAAAGCAGUUGUGAAAAUAUUAAAUAUUUUCAUGUGAUAUCAAUGGUACAAUUGACAGUCUGCUGGAAACGGGAAGACAGGAGCUUCCUGUUGUGGAUUUUUGCUGGACAUACAUUUGAUGGAGAAUUAUUUAACUUGAUGAUCCAUUAUUCAUGUUAAAUGACCUGAACUUUGACAUAACUGUUUAAAAGACUAUUUUUGCAGUAUUGCCUGAAUAAAUUAAGAUACAUGUGA